AUGGUGCACGUUUGCUACUACCGCAACUAUGGAAAGACCUUCAAGGGACCACGUCGUCCAUACGAGAAGGAGCGUCUCGACUCCGAAUUGAAGCUCGUCGGUGAGUACGGUCUCCGUAACAAGCGUGAGCUCUGGAGAGUGCAGUACGUUCUCAGCCGUAUCCGUAACGCGGCCAGAGAUCUCCUGACCCUCGAUGAGAAGAACCCCAAGAGGAUCUUCGAAGGUGAGGCUCUUCUCCGUAGGAUGAACCGUUAUGGGCUUCUUGACGAGAGCCAGAACAAGCUCGAUUACGUCUUGGCCUUGACUGUUGAGAACUUCCUUGAGCGUCGUCUCCAGACCAUUGUCUUCAAGUCCGGUAUGGCUAAGUCCAUCCAUCACUCCCGUGUUCUCAUCAGGCAGAGGCACAUCAGGGUUGGAAAGCAAUUGGUGAACAUUCCAUCGUUCAUGGUGAGACUUGACUCGCAGAAGCACAUCGACUUUGCUCUGACCAGUCCCUUCGGUGGUGGCCGUCCAGGAAGAGUGAAGAGAAGGAACGAGAAGUCUGCCUCCAAGAAAGCAUCUGGUGGCGAUGCUGACGGUGAUGACGAAGAGUAA